CAGCUAACUUCGAGAUGACUCAACAUUUGGCUCAAGAUACAAUUUCCAGAAAACCUUGGAGGUUAUCUGUAUCCAUCCUCUGUAAAAGGAGGGCAGAUUCAACUGCUCUUUCCUCGUACCUAGCUUCACAGGAGGGCAGACCCUUUAAGUCUCAGUAAAGGAGAAGCCGCCUUUAUAGUGAGGUUUGAGGUUUCAUUCUUCCUACAACGUCCGGAAUUUGGAGUCAACCUGAGCAAAAUGAACGCUACAAUUUAUCAAGUUAAAUUCAAGAAUCAAGACACUGUUUUGUUUUACGAAAAAUGACGAAGAGCAAUCAUUAGAACAGAAAGAAAAACGCCACCCAGACAGCUGACGCCACCGCAACGACCAACUCGAGGCCCGCCCCCAGCCUAGGUGGGUGGGGCAAGCAGCUUCCGUAAGUCGUUUGCGUCAUUGCCGGUGCGCGCGACACCUCCCGCCUUAGAGCUCUAUUCCAACCAAUCAGACUUCAGCAGAGGGCGCUGCUCUACCCAACCGCUACCUAGUUCUCCUCCGAAGCGCAUGCGUGGGGCGGGGCCCGCGCCUUUGAAUCCUGGAGGCGGCUUUUGGACACCGGAGAUUGCUGGGCCGAAGAGGGUGUCAGAACAUACACAGUAAUGUCGCCUCAAAAGAGAGUUAAGAAUUCCCAGGCACAAAAAAGAACUUCGCAAGGUAGGGAUACUUUUCAAACCAGUCUCUCAGCCUGGAAAGUAAAAGAGAAACCAAGUGACUCAAAUAUCUGGAAACAAAACAAUCCAGUGGAAGCUCAUGAACAUGUGGAUGAUGAAGCUGAAGACAUUCUGCAAAUAGCAGUGGGAUACUUUGAGAAAGGUCCCAUUAAAACUUCACGAAGUAAAGAUAAAAUUUUGGAAAAACACUUGAAAACUGUGGAAAAUGUGGCUUGGAAAAAUGGAUUAGCUCCAGAAGCAAUUGACAUUUUAUUGAAUGUGGCACUCAGUGGCAAAUUUGGAACUGCUGUAAACACACGGAUAUUGAAGUGCAUGAUUCCAACUACUUUAGUAUCAGAAGAGUCUGUGGUUAAAGCAAUCUCCUGGCUCUGUGUUGGCAAGUGUUCUGGUAACACCAAGGUACUUUUUUAUCGUUGGCUGGUUGCAAUGUUUGACUUCAUUGAUCAAAAGGAACAAAUUAACUUGCUUUAUGGGUUUUUCUUUGCUUCAUUGCAAGAUGAUGCACUGUGCCCUUAUGUCUGCCACUUGCUAUAUUUACUCACCAAAAAAGACAAUGUCAAACCAUUUCGUGUGAGAAAACUGCUUGAUCUUCAAGCCAAAAUGGGAAUGCAACCUCAUCUCCAGGCUUUGUUGUCGCUGUAUAAGUUUUUUGCUCCUACUUUGAUUUCUGUAUCUUUGCCUAUAAGGAAGAAGAUCUACUUUAAGAAUUCAAAGGAUCUUUGGGAUUCAGCUGUGCUUGCUGUGAGACUUAGAAACCACGGACCUUUUUCUGAGCCUCUAAAACUGACAUUAAGUCCAGCUGACUUACAUCCUCUAAAAAGAAAAUGGAAUUCUCACUCAGUUAUACCAAGGCUAAAUUCUGGUAACUACGCUAAAGGACAGGGAAAAAAGGAAAUGAGUCUUUCUGAUCAUCUCAGUUGCAAUAGAUCACUUCCACUGGAACAGCUUCAGAGCUUCCCACUGCUCUUAAAAAACAUUCAUUGCUUGGAGCUGCCCUCUCAGAUGGGCUCGGUGCUCAACAACUCUCUGCUACUUCACUAUAUUAACUGUGUCAGAGAUGAGUCACUCUUACUGAGGCUUUACCACUGGUUGAGUCAAAUAUUACAAGAAGAAUGUAUUUGGUAUAAGGUGAAUGAUUAUGAACAUGGAAAAGAAUUUACCAACUUCCUGGACACCGUCAUCAGGGCAGAGUGCUUCUUACAAGAGGGGUUUUAUUCCUGUGAAGCUUUCCUGUAUAAGAGCAUUCCUCUCUGGGAUGGCCUUUGUUGUCGGUCACAGUUCCUUCAGCUUGUGAGCUGGAUUCCUUUUAGUAGCUUCUCUGAGGUGAAGCCACUACUUUUUGACCAUCUAGCACAGCUCUUCUUUACAUCAACCAUUUAUUUCAAGUGUAGUGUUCUUCAGAGUCUAAAAGAGCUACUGCAGAAUUGGCUGCUGUGGCUUUCUAUGGAUGUCCACAUGAAACCUACGAUGAGCAGUCCUCUAGAGACAACUUUGGGUGAAUCCAUGAACUCUGUGUCUGCACUGAUUCACUAUGUAGGAUGGCUGUCCACUACUGCCAUGCGCUUGGAGAAUAACAGUACUUUCUUAUUGCACUUUAUUUUGGAUUUCUUUGAGAAGGUAUGUGAUAUAUAUAUAAAUCAUGACCUUCCAUUAGUGGUGUUGCUUCCUCCUGGGAUCUUCUAUUCUUCACUCCUCAGCUUGGAUACCAGUAUCGUGAACCAGCUUUGUUACAUUAUGUACAGGUAUCAUAAAAAUUUGAUUGCUGCAAAGAAGAAUGAGUUGGUACAAAAGGCAAGAUCAGAGUUCAGUUUCAGCAGCAAGACUUGUCAACAAUUUAAUCACUAUUUGACAACCAUGGUUGGUUGCCUGUGGACGUCCAAACCCUUUGAGAAAGGAAUAUAUAUUGACCCCAAAAUCCUAGAAAAAACUGGAGUAGUACAGUUUAAAAACAGCUUAAAUAUAGUCCAUCACCCUUCUCUUUUGAGUUAUGCUGCUUCCUUUUUGCUACAGGAAAGCCCAGAAAAAAGGACAGUAAACGUGAGCUCUAUUCAGGGGAAGAAAUGGAACUGGUAUUUGGACUAUUUAUUUUCAGAAGGGUUGCAAGGCUUGAAAUUUUUCAUAAGAAGAAGUAUUCAUCAUUCUUCUGUCCCCUGAUCAGAAAGCAUAACCACAGUGAUGAACAUUAAAUAAUGAAAGUUGGCAUAAAACAAAUUGAUCAUGCUGGACUAAAUCCUUCCUCAUUGCUGGAGAGGCCAACCAGCUCAACUUGAGUUUCCGUAUUUAAUUCACUAACAAAGUACAAUCUUCAAGGAGAGCUCAGACUGGCCUUUUGACUGUGGCUCAAGAGAACCCUGGUGUGGCUAACUUAUUUUUCAAGAGUUAAAUUUUUAGCCUAUUUGUGAAAAAUUGCCUCUUCAUCAUCAAGCUCUGCCUUCCACCAAAUAUUACAUGAAGAGACACAUAUGCUUUGUGAUGAAAUUUUUUCCAUUUUUGUGUACUAUAAGCUGCACUGAUGACAGAGAGCAGAUAUGGUAGUAUACAGUGGUAAUCCACAAACAUACUCAUUCAUGCAAAAUAUUCUGCUGACUUAGUGAAAGCUCUAUGGAUAUUGUCAUUUUUCUUAUAUGAACGGUACCAAGACCAAAUUAAUAUAUUACAAUAUAUAUGACUCUAAGAACCUAAAGUAGCUGAUGGAUUCCUAAGUCUUUACUGGUAGCAAUUUAAAGAGGGAAGGAAGGGAAGAGAAUUAUAGGAAUAAUCAAGGUAUUUCUGUUUAUACUGGUUUGAUUUUUAUGGAAAUGCUCUAUUUUAUCUGUGUAUCUGGAUAUAUCUAGUUUUUAAAUAUUUAAACCUAUAUAAUUUAACUUUACUUGCAGAAGUACUUCUGAAGCUUUUUUAAAUUUUCAUAAUAGAAUAUAUUGUGUAAAAUUUGCUAUAAAAUUUUCCUUCAGUGCUACUGAUUAACUUUUAAUAAAAUUCAUAUUAUUUGAGAGGGAUAAAGCUGAAUUUAUCUUUGCUUUAAGGGCCCAUUCUUGUGUUUCUUUUUCUCCCCUCCAUUCAAGCAAAAACAAUAUUAUUAGGUAUUUUGAGACUAGAAAUCCCAUUUGUUGGUUUAAUCGAUAUUAAGUUCCUUACUGUGUGCCAGGUAUUCUUCUGUGUGCUGGUUAUCCAGCUGUGACUAACACAAAGUACCCACUUUAUGGCGUAUGCAUUCCAGUGAAGAAGACAGACAGUCAGAAUAUAAGUAAGUAUAUAUCAGGUGCAAUGAAGAAAAAUGAGGGGGUAAGGACAUGUGGAGAAGGUUUGUUGCUUGAGCAAAGGUGGUUGUAGAAGGCCUGUUUGAAGAGGUAUCAUAGGUAGAGACCCUAAUGAAGUAAAUGUAUACAUGUUACUAUUUGGAGAAAUAGCACUCUGAGCAGUGUUAAAGGCAAGUGAAGAGGCCCUAAAAUGACAGCAUAUAUGGUACAUUUGAGCAAUAGCAGGGAAGCCAGUGAGAUUAACAUAGUGAUUAAGAAGAGUGGAAAGAAAUUGAAUAGGGAAGACAAACAGACUGGUUGAGGAGUGUCCUUAUAGCCUGGCAUGGGUAUGUAAAUGGAAACCAUUAGUGAGACUGAGAAGAGGAGUGGCAUAAUUUGACUCACCUGUAUGAAAUGUGGAGCUGUAGUAUAAAAGUUAAGAUUGGAGAAAACUGAAAGAUGGGGGAAGCAGAGAGACCAGUUAGCUUAUGUUCCAGUCUUAGGCUAGUGUCCUAACUGAUGAGGAAAUGGUUAGAUAAUAGAUUCGGGGUCUAUUUUGAAGGUGGUUAAGUUAGGAUCUGCUGAUAGGUUGGAUAUGAGUAGAAGGAAAAAGAAGAAUAAAGGAUUAUUCCUAGAUUUUUUUCCAUUAAGAUUAUUGGUACAUUUUUGGUAUAAA